AUGAUUCUCAUUGGCCCGUCAUCAUGGAUUAUUGGUGUCCUCCAUAACGAUUCACACUUCCCUUAUUUCAUCUAUUUAUUUACUAUUAUAUGUCAAGAUAUUUAUCGUAAUAGUUCGUUUGUUAUUUCUUGUUUGAUCAUGGAAAAAUUUACAUUUUUUUUUGACUAUGAACAAUUUGUUGAUAUUCUUGCACCAAUAAUAGAUAAUUAUGGUAUUCAAAAAAAUGAACGUUUAACAACACUUAUCAAAGAAUGUUAUGGACGUCUCAAAGAAAUAAACAUUAAUGAUUUAACAUGUAUUUCAUUGUUAAUUAACAAAUUAAUUGAAACAAUAACACGUAAUAAAUUAGAUCAUGAACAAUCGUGCUUGGUGGAUGAAAUAUGUCAUAAAAUAAUAAUGAAAUUUAAUGAGAUGGAAAAAGAAAUGGAAAAUUUACAAGAAAAAAAUGCUGCAAUGAUAAAAGAAGUUAAUAAUUUACAUGAAACGAACGCUUUAAUGAAAAAAGAAAUGAAUAAUUUACAAAAAACAAAUGUUGAAAUGGAUGGAUCUUUUCAAUCUCUAAAAAUUAGAAUGGAUAUUUCAGAAUGUUAUAAUUAUUCAUUUGAUCUUGUAAAAUUAUUUGUUUUCUAUUAUAUAGAACCAUUAUUGAAAAAUAUGAAUGCUUAUAAACCCCAAUAUAAAGAUUGGAAUUUAAUGAAAAAUGAAAUUUCUGUUUUAAAAAGAAAAUUGAAGAACAAUGAAAUCAAUGAAAUUGAUCUUGAAAACUUCGUCAAUCCUUUGCAGAAUGAACUGAAUAAAAUAAAUGUCAAUAUACUGAAUCUUCAUGAUCUAAUUCAACAAAGGCAUACUCAAACACAUCAAAGCAUUCGUUCAAAGGAAGAACAAGAAGAUUUUCUUGAUAUUUUAGAAAAUUUUAAAUUUUCUGAUAAAUUUAUUCAUCGGGAUUUGGUUGUAAAUUUAUUUAACUUAGUGAGAAAACAAAAACUAAAAAGAUAUGUAAAUUAA